AUGCAAGGAGGGCGCUAUAGGCGCACUUGUACGAGCACAACGUCUCACGACAAUGGAUGGUUCCGCAAUUCUGAUGAGGCUGCGGAAGCAUCAACAAAGACAACAUCACGAGAUUUUCAUCGACAACAGGUUUUGAUUCGUGCACAACAAAUGCUUGAGAAGAAACAAUAUGAAAUACAGAAAAAACAUGAAGAAAAGGAAAGGAUGGCGAGUGAAACGAUAACAGCUGUAAGGCAAACUAAACUUGAGGAAGUUCGUCUUCGUAAUCGUAUCAAGGAAAGUAAAGCACAACAAGCCAAAAACCUUCAGGCCAUACAACACCAAAUACGUGAAGAAAAAUUGCAGGAUGAACUUAGACGUCUUGAUGAAGCUUCUCAUCGACAUCAGAAGAAAUUAUUGUUCAAUCGAUUUCAUACGGCACAUCUCCACGUUUCUUCCUCACAGCGAGCUAAAGUUAAUCGAACAUUACGGGAGUCAGAGAUAGAGGCUAAACGGCGUCUUCAAGAGGAACGAGAACAGGCACGCGCAAAGGCUGCUGAAGAAGAGCGAAUUGCACGGGAAAUAGAUAUGCAGCAGCGUCGUCUUCUUUAUGAUGAACGUGCGUUGAGGUGUCUUGAGCAUCAACAAGAGCAGGAACGUCGUAUGCGUGAAAAGGCACUCGAGCGACAGCGGGCCUACGAUGAACGGCUUAGGCGUCUUGAAUUGCAGAAGGAUAAUGUAAAGGGUGGGAGAAUACAACAGCGUAUGAGAGGAGGACAAUUCUACUCAAAUGCACGACGUAGACAACAAAGUGUCGCGCAAUCGGAUGACCGUAUUGGUGAAGAGGUGAGUUGUCGCUUCUUCCGCGCCAUGACAACACCAGGAUAUAUUUGA